AUGGCCGAUAAUUUCUCUUCAAUUCCUGUCAUUGACUUCACCCUGUCGACUUCAGCUGAAACAAAAUCACAAUUCUUAUCUGAGUUGCGAGAUGCGGUCGUUAGAGUUGGGUUUUUCCUUCUCAAAAACCACAAUAUCUCAGAGGAUUCUCAACGUGAAUUGCGUCACCAUGCCGUCAAAUUCUUCGCUCAAUCAGCCGAGGAAAAGUCAAAAAGCGACAUGACCACCAAUAAGCAUUAUUUAGGAUAUGUUGGCAUGAAGGCUGUGGAAUCUGAAGAUCUCACUCCCGACCAUCGAGAAUUAAUUGUCCUUGGAAAGGACCAUCCUCUUGCAGGACCUGACGAUCCUAUCUACUACAAUCUUCGCGGUAUCAAUCCAUGGCCAAAUGAAACUAAGGUACCUGGAUUCCGCCCCGCGGUUGAGAAUUAUAUGGCAGAGAUUGCUUGUCUGGCAGACAGAUUUAAGUUAUUGAUGGCCGAGGCCCUGGAUUUAGAACCGAAUGCGUUUGCUCGCCUCUUUGACGAAGCAUCUACUGAUCGACUGAUGCUUGCUAAAUACCCUGAGCCUUCAGAUCCACAGGCUUCUGGAGAUGAAGGUUUCUUUGGAAUAAAUACACACAAAGAUAGCAGCUUCUUGACAUUCCUACUCCCUGGAAGCGGUCAUUCGGGCCUUGAAGUCCAAAACCACUCCGGCGAGUGGGUUCCUGCUCCUCCUAAGCCCGGUCAUCUGAUUGUCAACAUUGGCCAGCAAUUAGAUGCAUUGUCCAAAGGAGUUUGCAAGGCUACAACGCAUCGGGUCAGUCUGAGCGCGAAGACAUUUCAAGAUGAGAAUGGCAACUCGCUGGGAGAUCGCUACUCAUUUCCAUAUUUCCAGGUCAUUGGACUGGAUCAGACACCUCAGACCGCAAAAGUCGACAUCCCGCCUCAUAUUAUGGACUUGGUCAAUGAUGAAAAGGUCAAAUCAGACGCUUCUGCGUACUUUCUUACAACCUUCAAAGAUGGGAUUGGACAUGGCGUGUUCGUGGCUCGAGCCCUUAAAUAUCGCGAUGUAACUGCAAAGUUCUAUCCUGGGUUACUGGAAUUAUACGAUGCCAGUAGAGAGGCCUCAAAGGCUCGCUAG